AUGGCACCUGUUGAGGGUAAUGGUGGUUGGAUUGUGGUAAACGAGACUAAUUCUGAAGACCCCACUUAUAUUGAAAUGGAAGCAGAAGAGAGUGGAAUUGAUUGUCCAAAUAACGGAGUUCAAGGUUUAGCAUCAGACAAAGGGGAGGGAAGUAAUAUGGUAUUUUCUAGAGAAGGACCCCUUGUCAGGAAGGAGUCAAGGAUGUCCACUAAUUGUAGUUGUAGUGCCAAGAAACUCAAAUCUCGGGCCGCUGUGGUGAAUUCCAACCUGGAGAAGAAGGAGAAAAUUGAGCAAGAGAAGAAACUCAGUAGACAAGAUAGGAUUGAGUUGGGUCGUUUGUUUCAGGGUGCGGUGAGUUCCCAUGAUUGGGAACUUGCAGAGAGUUUGAUCCUGUUAGCUGAUCCACAAACCUUGAAUGAUGCUUUGUGCAUCACUCUGGAUUCAAUAUGGUUCUUGGGCACACAACAAGAGCUCUAUGGGAUAACAGGAUUGAUUAAGAAGAUAAUUGUCAAUGGUGCAUAUGACUUCACCAGAGCUGCCUUGAGGACUUCAUUUCUUGCUUCUUGCGUCUCUGCUUGUCAGAGCCGAACAAUGAGUCUUGCAGAUACAGUCACAGUGAUGGCCCAAAGGUUGCAUGAGCGUCUCCAGGAAUGCAAUGGAGAUGAGGUCUUGAAGGCAGAAGCUGGUGCUAAGGUUCAAAAGUUUACCGAAUGGGCUCUGAAAUGCAUAGGCUUCCAUUCUCGUGGUCAGGGUAAGAAGGAUAGAGUUAACAAUAGCUCAUCAGUUGAGAUCCAACUCCAGUUAUCAGCAUUUAAGACGUUCAUAGAUCUUGCUGGUAACCAGCUUUCCGGGAAGGAUUUCACGGAAGCCUUUGAUGCUGCUUGCUUUCCCCUAACUCUCUUUUCUAGUUCAUUCAACUCUGGCUGGGCAUCUGGGAUCUCGGCAACUGCAAUUCAUGGUUUAUUGGGUAUGUUGGUGGAAGGGGGUGCGGACAAUGUUAAUCAGUGUUUUCUUGAAGCCUCUCGUUUUGGGAGUACAGAGCUUGUGCGCAUCUUAUUGCAGAUUGCCCAAAGGAACAGUUUGGAUGUUGAUGUUGACCUGGCUUUGGGUUUUGCUUCUCACUACUGCAAGAUUGGUACUAUGGAAUGCCUUGUGGAAGAGGGUAAUGCCAUAGCUUUCUUGGGCCCCCUGAUGAGAGCUGCUGAGAGGGGCUGUAUGCAGGUUGUUGAGUGGUUUGUGAAAAGGGGUUGCCGAGACAUGGAGCUCUGCCUUGCUCUCACAGCUGCAACUUCUAGUAGCCAAGUUGAUGUUGCUGCCUAUCUCCUUCCUCAUGUUCCUCAUCACGUCCUUGCCGCACUAAGCAUUGAAAUUCUGAAGGCUGCUGGUGAACGAAGUGGUGGUUCUCUUGAUGGUGUCGCAUUUCUUCUCCAUUCCGACUUCUUGGGUGAUCCAGCAGCUACUUAUGCUGUUGCAGACAAUAUUUCUCGGUCUGAUGAUGAGGGUGUAGCUCCUGAGUUAAAAGCUUUUCUUCGGGAGCAUUGGUCAGAGGAAGCUUUCUUGCGUGGAAUAAGACAAGGACAAGAACAUUACUUGAGCCUGGUGAGGAUUUUAAAAUGGGGUGGAUCUCCUAUCUGCUUAAGAGAUCUACCAGCCCCUCUGAGGGUAACGAUUGCUUACCUGCCGCUGUAUAGGGAGUGUGUCAAGGCAGGUGGCUGUUUGUUGUCACAAAAACUGAGAGGACAGGUUGUUGAAGCUGUAAGCAGGCUUGGCGGUGGGGUCUUAGAAGGGGUGAGCCAGUGCGGAGAGCUCUUGGCUGUUCUGGAGCAUCAUCUUCCUCCAUUUUUACUUCAUUCGCUGAGCAAUGCAUAG